CCCCGCGCGCCUCCCGCGCUCCCGCCUCCCCCGCUCCGCCGCCCGGAGCGCCCCGCGGGCAGCCGGUGGCCGCGCGAGGCCCCUCCCCGAGCCGCGCGGAGGAAGCGGAGGCGGCGGCGGCGGCGCGGAGACCUCGCCGCGCUCAUGGCGUCACCGGGGGUGGAAGUGGAGUUACUGGUCAGAGGACAGUCAGAUUUGGGAGACGUGGCCCCCGAAAUAAAAGCCUCGGAGAGACCAGCAGCCGUGGCCAUUGCAGAUCUGGAAUGGAGAGAAAUGGAAGGAGAGGACUGUGAGCUUCAGUACGGAGAUGGUAUGACCGAGGCUCAGGACAGUGACUUUCCAACAGUGGAGAGGAGCCGGCUGCAGGAAAUGCUGUCGCUGUUGGGACUGGAGACACACCAGGCACAGAAACUGGGCCUGCAGGACGCCCUGCAAAUCAGCAGCGACAGUGUGAGGAACUGGGCGCCUCAGGCUCCCAGAGACCUGCCCUGGGCCUUCCUGAGGAAGCUGCAGGCCCGCAGCGCGGAGGCCCGGAGCACCACGGUGCUGGCCUCGCCCUCGGAUGCCCGGCCCGCGGAGAAGGAGAGCCAGUUGGAGGAGGAGGUCAUCUACUGGGACACAGCUGACGACGUCUCCGCGGACAUCUACUCCUUCUCGGAGCUGCCCACGCCCGACACGCCCGUGAACCCCCUGGACCUGCUGUGUGCCUUGCUGCUCGCCUCCGACGGGUUCCUGCAGCAGGAGAUCGUGCUGAGGAUGUCUCUCUGCCAGUUUGCGCUCCCACUCGUUCUGCCUGACUCGGAGCACCACGCCCACACCUUCCUGCUGUGGGCCAUGCGGGGCGUCGUGCGGACGUGGUGGGCACAGCCCCUGAGGGGCGCGGGCAGCCUCAGGGAGGACAGUGUGGUCCUGGCCCGGACACCUGCCUUCGCCUUUGUGCGCAUGGAGGUCAGCAGCAACUCCAAGUCCCAGCUGCUCAACGCCGUGCUCAGCCCGGGCCACAGGCAGCGCGACUGCUUCUGGCACCGGGACCUGAGCCUGGGCACCAGCCCCCGGGAGAUCGCGGACGGCCUGGUGGAGGUCUCCUGGCUCCUGCCCAGCGGCAGGGAGGACCUGGACCUUUGCCCGGAACCCGUGGCCUUUCUGAACCUCAGAGGUGACAUUGGGUCUCACUGGCUGCAGUUUAAGCUCUUGACAGAGGUCUCCUCGGCUGUGUUCAUCCUGACCGACAACAUCAGCAAGAAGGAGUACAAGCUGCUGUCCUCCAUGAAAGGGUCGGCCACCAAGUACUACUUCAUCCUGAGUCCCUACCGUGGGAAGCGCAACUCCAACCUGCGGUUCCUGAACAGGCUGACCCCCGUGCUGAGGAUGGACCACUCCCACGUGCUCGUCAAGGUCAGCAGCACGGAUGGCGCCCGCUUUACGCGCAGGGUCCGCGCCAUCGUGGCGAGCGUGGCCCGGUCCCCCUGCAGGAGGGUGUCUGUGGAGGACAUGGCCCAGGCCGCCCGAAGGCUGGGGCUGAAGGUGGACGAGGACUGCGAGGAGUGCCAGCGGGCGAAGGACCGGAUGGAGCGCAUCACCCGGAGCAUCAGGGACCCCGACGCCUACCGCAGGGAAGAGCUGCGGCUGCAGGGGGAGCCGUGGAGGAAAGCGGCCCGCGUGGAGAAGGAGCUGUGCCAGGCGCAGUGGGCCGGGGACCCUUCGGACAAGCGCCGGGCUGAGCUGAGGCAGCGGCUGCUGGAACUUCGCACGCAGCAGAGCGUCCACGAUCCUGCGGGGGGCGUGCAGGAGUUCAUCGCAGGCAUCAGCUGCCCCUCUCUGGGCGAGAGGCAGUAUUUCCUGAGGUGGAUGGAGUGGGGCCUGGCCUGGGUGGCCCAGCCAAGGCCAAGGCCGCCCCCAGAGACAGCUCCGGCCCUGAGACCAAAGCAGGGUGGGGCUGGGGACCGCGAGCCGCUCUGGCCGGAGCCCCUGGGGGUGGAGCACUUCCUGCGGGAGAUGGGACAGUUUUACGAGGCAGAGAGCUGCCUGGUGGAGGCCGGGAAGCUGCCCCCAGGUCAGAGGCGGUUCGCCCACUUCCCAGGCUUAGCCCUGGAGCUGCUGGUGAGGGGGCUGCCCCUGGAGCUGGUUGAUGGGAGCACGCGGAGCACCCCCCUGCGCUGGGUCACGGGGCUCUUGAAGGAGCUGCACACGCGCCUGGAGAGGAGGUCACGGCUGGUGGUGCUGUCGGCGCUGGGCGUGCCGGGCACCGGGAAGUCCACUCUUCUCAACACCAUGUUCGGGCUUCGGUUUGCCACAGGGAGGGGUCGGGGUCCUCGAGGGGCCUUCAUGCAGCUCGUCACUGUGGCCGAGAGCUUCAGCCAGGACCUGGGCUGUGACCACAUCCUGGUGAUAGAUUCGGGGGGGUUGAUAGCAGGCGCCCCGGCCACGGCUGGGGAGCGCUUUGAGCUGGAGGCCUCCCUGGCCACUUUGAUUAUGGGGCUGAGCGACGUCACCGUGGUCAGUUUAGCGGAAACAAGGGACAUCCCACCGGCUAUUUUACACGCCUUCCUGAGGCUGGAGAAAACGGGGCACACGCCCAACUACCAGUUUGUGUACCAGAACCUUCAUGACACGUCUGCCCCCGGCCCGAAGCCGCGGGAGAGGAGGCCGCUACUGGAGCCACCCUCGGACGUGAGCAGAGCCUCCACACACGUGGACAAGCAGGGAGACGGCCUCCGGACGCUGGCGGACCUGGCCUUCUGUGACCCCGAGAAGCAGCACGUCUGGCAUGUUCCCGGCCUGUGGCACGGAGCGCCUCCCAUGGCCGCUGUGAGCUUGGGGUACAGUGAGGCCGUGUUUGAGCUGAAGAGAUGCCUGCUGGAGAACAUCAGGAACGGCCUGUCCGACCCCCACAGGAACAUUCAGCAGCUCAUUGAGCUGGUGGGACUGCUGUGAGUGUGGCUGCUCCAGGGUGUCCACCUGGGGCUGGCACCUGAGGCGCUGGUGCCCUGCCCGUGGGAGAAGGUAGAAAAGCAAAAGACAGGGCCUGGAGUCUCCUGCCCUAUUAAGCUGCAGAGGCUGUGGUAUGGAGCGGCUCUGGGGGGAUGCAUACAGGACUGUGUCUCAGCUCCUUGGGCGGCACGCGAUGGGGCCUCUUUCAUCGGUGCCUGGAGCGGAGAGGUGCUCUCUCUCCAUCACGCAGCCGGCGCAUGAGUCCCAGGAGAGGGGUGGGGAAGGGGCCCCAGGAAGCAUACAGGCUUCCCUCCAGCCCAGCGUUGGUGGGUCCAUGCUGCCCGGACAGAGUGCCCAUGUGGCAAGUCUAUUUAUUGCCUGACGUGAAGCCCCACCCUGCUGCACCCCACACCCUGCAGCACCUGGUAUACAACUCCCCAUGACAGGAACACGUGCUCACGUGCCAGCCCCGCCCCCAGACUGUGAGCUCUUUGAGGGCAGGGGCUGUUACCCAACUUUGUCACCCCAGGGCCUGGUACACUGUGGGUGCGUUAAUAAAAGUUUGUGA